AUGGCUAGCGCCUUACCAAAUCUUAAUCUGAAUGGUUUGGAUGUAUCUGGAAUUGAGCAGUUUCUGCGCAUACGUCAGGAACGUAAUCAGCGUACUCCUAAAUGUGCUCGUUGCAGAAAUCAUGGCACUGUCUCUGCACUUAAAGGUCAUAAGCGAUACUGUAGAUGGAAGGAUUGCAUGUGCAACAAAUGUACUUUGAUUGCUGAGAGACAACGAGUGAUGGCUGCGCAGGUGGCUCUUCGACGGCAACAAAGCCAAGACGAGAAGGAGGCGCAAGAAAUAGAAACUCUUCUCGGAGUUCGAAAUGGUAGGUUCAGGGAACUUUUGCAAUUAACGGAAGUCAGUAUUAGUGCUCGAUAA